AUGGCCGCCACAACCUCCUUGCUCGCGCGCUCACCGUCGAUUUGGUCAUUGGCUAGCCGGCGGUGCUAUAGGAGGAACAGGUCGUACCGCUAUUCCUACUGUGCCUGCUGGAAUACCGACAUAGGCGCCGACGCAGGCUGCUCCUCCGCCAUGGCGGCGUUGAAGUGCGCAUGCGGCUGCUCCAUAGUGAAGCCGACAUGCACAGAUGCGGGCUCCUGUGCGCCGCCGCCCCCGCCCCCGCACCAUGGCCGGCCUCCACCCCUGCGUCGACGACGAGGAGCCCGAGUCACCACGCCUCCCCGCCCUCAAGUGGCUCCAUCCACAUCGCCCCAUCCGCAUCCGGCUAGCUGGAUCCGCGUCGCCCCAUCUGCAUCCGGCUACCUGGAUCCGCGUCGCCCCAUCCACAUCCGGCUACCUCGAUACUUCGUCGCGGACCGCUUCUUCGGUGGGUCGCGGCGUUGCGCAGGUGUGGCGGAGGUGCCGACGUUCACGCAGGCGAGCGAGUCGCACCAGCGGCGGAUCACGGAGGCGAUCCUGGAGCACGCGCUCAAGAUUUGCUCCGAUAAGAAUGUGGUUGUGGGGGAUCCCAAGGAGAAGAUCUGCGAGGUGGCGGCCGAACUCAAGGCCGAUCUGCUCGUCAUGGGGUGCGGUGCUUUCGGCCCCUUCAAGAGGAUGUUCUUGGGUAGUGUGAGCAACUACUGCAUCAACAGCGUGGGCUGCCCCGUCGUUGUGAUCAAGGGCACCUGACCCAUCCUCGACCCAACAAACAUUCCUCAUUGUAUUCCACACCAUGAUUCUUGAGGUUUCUACUGUGUUGUACGUACGUACUCCUGUGAAAAUUCACUGCACACUUCCAAGACUACUAUAUGGCUUAUGUUAGUAUCAUUCAUGUUGUUUGUUAGUGCUUGGUUGGAUGAGGCUGGAUUUGUGCGUCUCCGAUCUGAUGCGUUUGUGCGUGCGUGUGUUGAACAGUGACCUCGGAUCUGGUGAAGGGCGCCAAG